UGGUAACAAGCUUGGCCUACAACAUUCAAUCAAAAAUAGUAUUCAAAUUAUUAAAUUUACACAAAACACUCUUCUGUUGACAAAAAUGAGUGUAAUAAGCGAUAAGAAGAACAGCCUAAUAGUACCAUCGAAUGCAAGUCUUGUGGAAAGAAAGCAUGUAGAUUUGCCGGUUUAUCCUAAACCACUGCCGGAACGAGAUAUUUCAUUCAAGAUCGAUGAAAAUGGAUUCACUUGCGUGGAAAAGGCGGCUUUACGCAAUGCAUGGCGCCUAAUUGAGCCCUUCCAGCGACGUUUCGGCAAGGAUAACUUCUAUAAUUUUCUCACUACACACCAAGAUUUAAUCCACAACUUUAGGCUCGACCCUAGGUCUAGUGACUCCCCAAUCAAUCUGUCUAAGCUCCAUGGGCAUGCCUUGGCUAUGAUGAAGCUUCUCGCGAGACUGGUGCAAACAUUGGAUAUCAACUUACAAUUUCGGUUAGCCCUUGACGAAAACUUGCCCGCACAUUUAAGGAGAGGAAUCGAUCCAUCCUAUAUGAAAAUGUUGGCCACUGCCCUCAAGAGAUACAUAUUGGAGUCGUCGGUAAUACAAAAUCAUAAUUCAUCCACUUUAACCUCCGCUUUGACCCAAUUGGUUUCAAUAAUUGGGGACUUUGCCGUGGUCGAAGAGGCGAGAAAACGAGCUAUGUCCACGGCCCUAAGGCCCUCGGCUUUUGCCGAUAUGCAAUCUAAUACGAAAGAGUCCUUGAUUGAAAAAUGAUUAAGUGUGCUAUGAAAAAUUUAGCGAGGGCUAAAAUAAAAUUAUAUUGUUAAUA